ACUGUGUCCACUUCAAAAGAACGGGUGCCCCUGUGGAAUGAUUCUCUGAUUCCUUCUUGGUUUUCUAGACCCCAUCUUCUUUGAUCCUCAAGAUUCUUGCUAGAGACACAAGAUGGAAGAAUCCGAUUCUUCUGACUCUGACCUGCUGUGGUAUUUAGAGAAGCUCAGCAGAAAGGAAUGUCACAGUCUGAGGAACCAGCUGGGACAAGAAUGCAUGGAGAUUGGACUCCCACCCAUCCCCAGGCUCGAGCUAAGUGAAGAAAAUCCAGACCUGGCCAACCAGUUGACAACAUUUUACGAGGCCCAGCACCUCUGGAAUUUAAUGUACAACAUCUUCCACAAGAUCCCGCGGAAAGACCUCUGCGAGAAGAUCAACGCUAGGCGGAACCGGAACAAAGAGGCACACAAGAUGCUCAUCAAGGAAAAGCUCCAGGGGGAAAGAUGCCUUCAUAACCGCAUCCAUGACAUAUUCUGUCAGGACAUGAUCCUAGAACUUGUCGACAAAUUUGAUUUUGUCUUUCGUCAUGUGAGUCCGGAGGCUGCCAAGGCCCUGAAUGUGUUUCUGAUAGGACAGGAGGCAUCUGGGAAAACGAUGGUUCUAAGAGGGGCGCUGUUUGAGUGGGCCAAUGGCAACAUCUGGGCGGAUGUGUUCUCUUACGUGAUUCACCUCUCUUCUCAUGACAUCAAUCAGAUGACCUCUGGCAGCUUGGUGGCGCUGAUCUCCAAGGACUGGCCCGAGGGCCGGGCUCCUGUCGCUGACAUCCUCUCCGAGCCCCAGAAGAUCCUGUUUAUCCUUGAGGACUUGGAUGACAUGGAACUCACGUUCCGCAUAAGCCCGCAGGCUCUGUGCACCGACGGCAGGCAGCAGGUGUCCACGCCCGUCCUCGUGGCCAGUUUGCUGACCAGAAAGCUGGCCCCGGGAUGUCGCUUCCUCAUCACGUCCAGGCCCCAAGGCCAGGCUGUCACCUGGACGCUCAUGAAGAAGACAGACAUGCUCAUGACUCUGUCGUUCUCCCGUGAAAAGAGGCACAAGUAUUUCACCUUAUUCUUCAGGGACGGUCAGAGGGCCGAGGCGGCCUUCCAGCUGGUACAGAGGAAUGAGCUCUUCUUGCACCUGUGCCAAGCCCCCAUCCUCUGCUGGGUCACUUGCGUCGCCCUGCAGCGGCAAAUGAACCAGGGGGCUGAUUUGAAACGCUCGUGCCAAACGCUCACCGACAUCUACACUCAUUUUCUGGCGGAUACGCUGACCGCCCAGGCUGCCGACCAGCGGCCCGUGGUCCCCCUGCAAAGUCUCUGUUCACUGGCGCUGGAAGGGUUGCUCCAUAACACGUUGCACUUCACCGAGGAGGACCUCAGGAGCGUGGGGUUCACCCAGGCGGAUGUCUCCACGUUGCAGACCCUGGAGAUUCUCUGGCCCAGCAGCCACCUGAAAGGCCGUUACAGGUUCAUACACUCUAAAGUCCAGGAGUUCUGUGCAGCCGUCGCGUUCAUGCUGCCGCUGGCUGAGCACGGGAUCCCCUCGGCCUGGGGGAGGUGUAAAGGGAAACGGGAACUAUACGACGAUUUCAGUCCCGUCAUUGCUUCCUUGUUCGGUCUUCUUAACAAGGAGAGGAGGAAAACUUUCGAGGCGGCCCUCGGCUGCCGUCUCCUGACAGACUACGUCAGCCAGUACCUCCUCACGGAAAUGAGGUGUUUUGGUGAUAAUUUGAAAGCCAUUGGGCACCACACACCUUUGUUUCAUGGUCUCUUUGAGAACCAGGAGGAAGAAUAUGUGAAACGGAUCAUGGACUCCUUUUCAGAAGCGAAUAUUUAUGUUAGAGACCAUCGGGAUCUGAUGGUUUCAUCCUACUGUCUGGGGUACUGCCAGCGUCUACAGAAACUUAAGUUGAGUAUUCAAAACAUCUUCGAAAAGAGGUCUAAUGAGCAACCAACUCCUAGAACAAUAAGGAGCCUCGUCCACUGGAGAGAUGUGUGCAGUUUACUCCACACCAGGGACACCCUCCGGGAACUGGAACUCUGUAACACUGACCUUGACGAUACCUCCGACAGGGUUCUGUGUAAAGCCCUGAGCCAUCCCGACUGUCAACUUCGGACACUCAAGUUGACCUAUUUCUCGGUCGACACCAGGUUUGAAGACAUGUUCAAGGCAAUAGUUCACAACCGGAACCUGACGUGCCUUUGCCUGAGUUGCAUGCCCAUCUCUUCGAAGGUGUUUUCGCUUCUGCACGAGGUCUUGACCAAUCCAAUGUGCAGCAUCCAGCAUCUGAGCUUAAUGAAGUGUGAUUUGGAAGCCAGUGCCUACCAAGAACUCGCCUCUCUCCUCCUCAGCAGCAAGAACAUGAAGAAACUGACCUUGUCCAAAAACGCGCUGAGUCGGGAUGGGAUGCAAAUUUUCUGUGAUGCUCUGUUCCACCCAGAAUGUGUUCUCGAGUCGCUGGUGUUGCUCUUCUGUUGUCUCACAUUACGUUCCUUAAGCUUAAUCUCGAGAAGUCUCGUCCUCACUGAAACUCUGAAGCACCUGGAUGUGAGCGUGAAUAACAUACGAGAUAAUGGAGUGCUGGUGCUGAUGAUGUCCCUGGUGUUCCCAACCUGUUCGGUUCAAGAGCUGGAGAUAUCUGGCUGCUUUUUCACGGCUAAGGCCUGUGAAUACAUGGUCUGUGCUCUGCAAAAUAACCCCAACCUGAAGAGCCUGGAGCUUGGGAGCAAUAACGUCGGGGAUGCGGGAAUGGAGCUGCUGUGUGGUGCUAUGAAACACCCCAACUGCAAGUUGGAGAACAUCGGGCUGGAAGAGUGCAUGUUAACCAGUGCCUGCUGCGCAUCCCUCGCCUCCGUCCUUAUCAGCAGCAAAACUCUGAAAAAAAUCAAUCUGCUUGGAAAUAAGUUGGGCAACGAAGGAAUUGUGCAACUUCUGGAGGGCUUGGGACACCCAGAUUGUGUCCUCCAGACAGUCGGCCUGCAGCCCCCAUCCCCUCUGGCCAUCAUCACACUGUUGUCUAUGACCAUGGGCUAUGAUGCGUAUAUAUCCUUUGGCUAA